CCGGGAACGGCCACAGACAAGGCAGGGCCCACAAGGGCAGGCUUUGACCAUUGUCCCCUGCAUUAGAGGCAGGCCAAUGAAGGUACAUCCAGAUGUCACAUCAGAACAUCUCUCAGUGCUCUCUAUAAGAACAGAGUCCCUCGAGGAGCUCAACAGCAGCUGCCUGGCCCGCACUGGGCAGAGCUUGGCCCAGCUCCGAAAACACCAUCUCUGGAGGAGGCAGACCCUGAAGGAGAGCGAGGCCAAGGAACAGGAGGGCGAGGGGAAACGCUUCACCCUAACAGUGUCAGGACAACUCAAUGUCAAACCCAGGGAGGUCUUCCGCAGAAACUCGUUCCCUAACUUGUGGAAACCUGAAAUCACACGAGUGGAGCUCCUCAAGGAUGUGACAACCACGCAGGACCUGCUGGAGCACCUGGUAGUCCACAGCGUCAAGAAGGAGCGGAGCGCGAGAGCAAAGAAGAGAGGCCUGAAAGCACCAAAGGGUGUGGAAUUGGAAGUGGUAGUGGAAGAAGAUGAGGAAGAGGACACUAAUGAAGACAUUUUAAAAGUGGAGAACUCACUGAUUUGUAAGAGCCACCUGGAUACCACGAUGAGCAGGCAGGAAGAGGCAAGACAACCUUGGAUGUCAUGGCAGCUGCAGAAAAAAGCCUCCACCUGCACAAUCUGGGCAAGACCUAGCUUCCUGAGCAAAGACUCUUCCGCGCGCCCACUCCUCCCGAAGAGCCCCCACCCACCCCGCAGAGCGCUUUUUGCUAUGCCAGUACCCACCUGGCCGAUGAGUUCUCUCUUGGCCAGAGGCCUUUGGCACCAGGCAUCUUUACCUUCCUGAACACCUCCGCUUCCAGGCAGUUGCCCUCAACCCUCAGGACGAUGCUUCGGGCUCUGUGCCGAGCUCUCUCCUGCAGCUGCAAUAAGUGGCAGUGAGAGGACCUGUACGAGGCUACGCCUGCCAGGCAGCUCCCCUGAGUUCGGGGCUGGCCCUGAGGAUGCGCAGCACGAAGAGGGAGAGCAGUGCAGGGGAAAAUAAUCAUGCCAGAGAUGUUCAGCUAGCCCCAGAGCGCGUCCCGCUUCCUGCCUUAGCUCACGGCACGUGAGGAGGACCUGCCAGAGCUACCCUCCCUCCUGGGGACUACAGGAACACCGCCCCAUAGCGCGCCUUUUGUUAGGCAGAACCAACAAAGGUCAUUAACAAAGACAUAAAACAGUAUCAGCCCCAAGCAGCAGUUGGACUUGCUACCAGUGAGCACGACCCCACUCUGACCCGAUGGGCCAGCUGCUUUGCCGCCCACCUGGAUGCUGUGUGCCAGCCCAGCUCUCUGCUUUUGCUGUGAGGACCGUGCUGAAAACCUCGCUCAGGGCCUGGCCUGCAACAUGCACUCCUCUUCCGUCAUCCACGCCGCCAGGCACCUCAUCAGGCGGAAGAAGCCACGACCCAUCGGAAACGCAGACAGGAGCAGAGCUUUGCCUCGCAGGGAGAAAGAGGAGCAAAACUGCUGUUCCUCUCAGAGCUCGGCCAGACAGAAAUAACCACGUAAUUUGCCUAGCAAAAGCCUGGUAGGAGCCCCAGUGUAAAAACUUACUCUUUUCCUUUAUGUCCCUAAGGAAGGGGUCUGAGCUAAAACCAAAACCACCCCCUCAGCCCUGAACUCAAGAGGCCACAAAGGGUUUGUGAUAGGUUUUUUUUGCGAAAGGACGCUCUCAGUCUGCGCUGUUGCCCAGAUCACAUCAAUACCUGACCUGUUCCAAACUUUCACGCUGUCGUGGAACAACUGGAGCACAGUUCAGGCUCAGGUCAGAGCACAAGUUUUACUGCUGCAGCUACAGGAGAGAGCCCAGAGCAGCAGCAGCGUGCCAGACUGCUCAUACGAACUCGGCCCAGGCGAGGCAGUUACGCAGGUGAUUAUUCCUUUGGGUUAUACGACUCGUCCUUCACAGAGCUGCAGCUACGUGGAUAAGCAGGAACAGGGAGUGAAUCACUUCAGAAGCGUAAGCUCCAACAAUACGGCACGCACACUCGCCUACAAACAAUACAUUCCUUUGGGAACUGGGUCGCGCUGACUUCUGCAAGGCCAUUGCAGAUAUUUUUUGCUAGAUAGGCCUGCGAAGGCCUAUGAGGCGUUAACUAUUUUACUCCCACAACGUGCUUUAAAAAGCCACAGGGCUUUUUCUCGAAACUGUUGCCAUUCCUUCUACAUUUUCAGAAGCUUUUCCUUCCCAGACUGGUCAGCUUGCAGGAGGCAGAACCAGAGAAGAUACCAGAACUGGAGCUUCACACUGUAGGCACCAAGGGUGGGAAGGCAGCUGCCUGCAGAAGAUAGGAACAACUCUGGUCUUAACUAGCAGCCCCCAACAGCAGGGGGAAUCCAAGCCCUGUUUUGUUUGUGCACGCACACUUUGCUGAGAACGAAGAUGUUGGAGAGCCUGGCGGCAAAGCUAUUUGCCAUUGGUGUCCUCCACAAGAACCACGUCCAAUGAGUCAGGGUCUCUCCUGGGUGGCAAGUCCCAGUAGAGCCCACACUGGCUGCAGAGGUGAAGGCGAGGCAGGUGUGAUGAGCUUGCAAGAGGUGCUGAGAUGAAGCACCUCCUACAGCUACAGCAGCUGUAUUCCCUGUGGUGGAGAGAGCACCUGGGGAAGCUGUGGCCA